AUGCAAUACAAUCAUAUUGUUGUAUUCAUAUUGGUAUUUAUUUUUGUCAUAUAUGGCCAAAGUUUACAGUUUUGUCAAAAACUUCCUAAACAUUUUAUUAUUAAUGCUAUUGACAAUGAUAAAAUAAAAUCGAAUAGAAAUCAAUGUUUUACUAUUGGAUAUUGUCAUAUGACAAUAAUUACAACUAAUCAAUAUCAUAUAAUUAAUUUCGAACAAAAUUAUAUUGAUCAAUUUAUAUUCUCAUCAAUAAAUAAACUUAUAAUUGAUCAUAAUCAAAAAAAUUUAUCUUUAAUAUUUUCAUCAAUAUUAAAUAAUAGAAUAAUAAAUACAACAGAAAUAUUAAUGCAUAAUUGUUAUAAAAAUAAAAAAUUUAUUAAACGUAAUACAAAAGAACAAUAUCGAGAUGAUUCAACAUCAUCAAUAGUAAUUACAUUUAAUUCAUCAUCAUUUAUUGAUUAUCAUUGUCAAACAUUACUUGAUUAUCCAUUACGUUUAUCUUUACGUUUUCGUACAUUAGGUCGAAUAUCAAGUGGUGUACUUCUUUCAUUAACACAACGUAAAACUUCAUCAUUAACAAUACCAUUUUUUAUUAUUGAACAUUCAAAUGGAAAAGUUGAAAUAACUAUUCUUCAAUUAGAUGAAAAGAAAGUAUUAUCAACUGUCACUACUCUUCAAUGUGGAAAAAAUAUAAAUAAUGAUAAUUGGCAUUGGUUACAACUUGAAUUAGAUCAAAAUGGAAUAUUUACACUUGUUGUUGAUGAUGAUAGUCGAACAUCUCAAAUACCAAGUUAUGUUGUAGGUAGUUGGAAUUUAAAUGCUGUAUUAGUUGGUGAUACACGUCGUUUAAGUUCUGAUAUAUUUCAACCAUUUAUUGGUUAUAUGAGUGAUCUCAUAUUUAAUGAUGAAUAUUUAUUUGAAAAUUUAAUAAAACCACAUGAACAACUUGUAUCAAAUUUUCAUUAUUAUAGUCAACAUAUUAUAAUUGGUUAUCGUAUAUCAUUUUUUAAUUUAGUUACAAUUAAUACACAAAAAUCUUAUAUAGCUUUUUCUGAACGUGAAAAUCAAAAUAAAAAUCAUGGAAAACUUGAUAUUUAUUUUUUAUUUCGUUCAUAUGUACCUGAUGGAAUUAUAUUAUAUCGUUAUGCACAAGGUUUAAAUGAAUAUUUUGCUAUUGGUUUAAGAGCUGGUAUACUUGCAUUAUUUAUUGAUUUUGGUUUUGGUAAACGACAAAUUGUUAGUGAUGAAUCAACAAAAUUAGCUGAUGGAAAAUGGCAUGAAGUACGUGUAACAAGAAUUGGCAUUGAUAAGAUUGAAUUAAUUGUUGAUAAUCGUGUAAAUCGUUCUACUUUAUCAGCUAAUGGUAUACGAAAUGCUGUUUCUCUUCAACCAGUUCUUUAUGUUGGUGGAAUACCAAAUAAUAAUAAUAUUAAUUUAACUGGAUCAGGUCUUAAUGCACAUGGAUUUCAAGGAUGUUUAUCAAGUUUUAUUGUUGAUGGUCGUUUACUUGAUUAUCAACGUGCAUUAGUACUUAAUGGACAAGUGAAAAUGAAUGUUUGUUCAGAUUUAAAUAAACUUUGUUAUGAUUUUACAUGUAUUCAUUCGGGUGUAUGUUCAACAAAUGAAAAUGAUGAGCCAAAUUGUGAUUGUAUUGAAACAAGUUAUAUAGGUGAACGAUGUGAUAAAUUACCAAAAGGAUUUUAUUUUGGUAAACAUCAUUCAAUUGGUUCAAUUGAAUAUGUUAUACCAAAAGUAUAUCAAACAGAUAAUGAUAUAAUAUCAUUUGGUUUACAAACAUCAUCAAUAUCAGCACAAAUAUUUCGUCUUGAAUCUGAUUUAAAUUUAUAUAGUCUUGAAUAUGAAAUUAUACGAGAACGAUCAUAUAUUAAAUUAAAUAUGGGUACAAAACAAUCUGAUGUUUAUUCAGGUGUUGCUUAUGUAACUGAUGGAAUGUAUCAUGCUAUUAAAAUAAUUCGAAGAUUUUCAAUUAUUGAAUUAUAUGUUGAUGGAACUCGAAUAAAAUUAGAAGGAGGAAAUAAAUAUUCACGUCAAUUAGAACAACAAACCUUUCUUAAACAACAACGUUUACGUAUUGGAAAUUUUAAAAAUGCUUCACAUUGGAAUGGAAUUAUUGCUGGUAUGUUUAAUAAAAAUUUUUCAUAA